AUGCACUCGUACACCAAAUGGAUGAUCCCAUAUUGUUCCCAGGACUAUUUCCUCGGAGACAUCAACAAGGGCCAAGUUGGCGACUUUCGUCACAUGGGAUCUGCGCAUUUCCACGCUGCCUUUGAAUUCUGGAGAGAUCAAGUUUCCCAAGCUCGUGGGCUGUCUGGGAACGACCGCACAUUGGACAAUGUGGUUGUUCUUGGCAUAAGUGCGGGAGCAGUGGGUCUGAUGAACCAAAUACCCGUUGUGCGGGAGACAGUGAACCACUACAGUGUGGGAGCGGCAAGGUUGAAAGUCAUCUUGGACGCACCUUCCGUGAUAUCUGAUCACCAGUAUGUUGGAAAGAACUUCAACGAUGCGAUGGCAUAUUAUGUCGACAUUCAAGAGGAGUUCCCUCUCUGUUCGCCAACCCAUCCCUUUUCGGAGCUCUAUGACAGUGUAUCCGAGCUGCCUUGCUGUCUGUCAACUCACUGCAUGAUGCGACAUGAUAUACAAGGUCUGGCCAGCUUUGCCUUGGAAGACAACACACAAGAAAACAACGACACCAAAGCGGCAGAAACCUUGCUCAUUUUGGACUCAGCUUACGACAUAGUCACACUCAUUGGAGGAACCACCUUCCUCCAAGAGAACGAGCACUCUUCUUCGAUGGAUGAAAAUGACGAAGGCGGUGAGUUGUUGUGGCACGUCAUAGAAACAGCCGGAGGGGUAAAGGUACGGGCAAAGGAAACUGCAGCUGCAAUCAAGGAUUUGACGCUCCAAAGACAAAUAUCAACUACCUUUGACCACAAGCGGCUUCACUGGGUAAUGGCAUCCUGUGUGACCCACUCCUUCUUGGCGCCAGCUAGAGAGUUCCUUUGGUUAGCUUGUCAGUAUGCUGACUAUGGAAUUGAGGAGUAUGCUUCUGUGUGCAAUGAAUAUGGCCACGCGACUGAGUACAGCAGCUUUGAUCACAACGUGGUGUUGAGAAUUUGGAGGACCAUCUUGUUAUGGGAUCAAGCUCGCUUUGAGGGCAAGUCUAUCCAUCGUAUCGUCGAUGAGUUUGUCACCGAAACAUCCCCUGCUCCUCUCGUCGACGGUCAAGUAAUCAACCUUCAAUUUGAAAGCUGCGUCGGUCCAAAUUGUCUCCCUGGCGAAGACCACGAUCUUCAGCAGCCAUCCUGUCAGGCUUUCAUUGAAAUGGUCAGUGCCCACAAGGAAGUCACGGUGGGACUUCAAGUGUCAUGGCUGGGUUUCAUGAUACUUCUCGCAAUCAUAUCGUAUACAAUCAGGUUGCGUACCGGUAGAGUCCAACGCACUGAGCAUGAUCGUUCCUCGGGAUUGGACGUAACAGUAAGUACCAAUCCAGGCAACGGAAGACCCAGUCAUUUGCUCUGCCUUAACAAGAUCCAUGUGGUGACAAAAGGAAGACAUCCAAAGACUCUCCUCGAUAAAGUCGAUAUUGAACUACAAAGCGGGUCAAUCACAUGUUUGUGUGGGCGAUCAGGGUCAGGGAAGUCCACUCUUUUAAAGGUCCUCUCGCAGAAUCACCAACCAAGGCUGGGCAUCAGCAUGGACAGGCGUGGGGAAGCGCAGCUUGGCGCAAUGUCGAAGGCGUACCUCUGCCAAGAGGACCCAGUCGUGGCCUUUGGAAACCUCACGGCCAACGAAUAUAUGUUAUUGACAUCUCGGCUGUACCGAGCCGAAGAGACAAAACUGCAGGAGUUGUAUGACUUUACAAAAGAGCUGUUUAGUCGCGGAGAGCAGGAGAAAGGGGAAAGUGACGAGGGAAGCAGAAAACUUCUAAAUCCAUUUUUCGAGACCAGGAUCAAGAACCUUAGCGGAGGGCAACGUCGGAUCUUGUCUAUCGCGGUAACCUUUCUUCAGGAUCCAGUUUUGCUUCUCCUAGACGAACCUCUCAGUGGGCUCGACAGCGUUUCAAGUCUGCAAGUCAUGUCAGCUCUUGAAUCCCUUGCAAAGUUGCGACAAUGUUCGGCCCUGAUCACGGUCCAUCAACCAAGCGAGGACAUCCUCGCGCACGUCAAAAUGAUUCUCGUGAUGGAUGCGGGGAAGAUUGUCCAUGACGAGCCCAUUGCCAAUCCUCACAAGGCGGCCCAUCUGAUCGAUUCCUAUCUGCUCAAAAGCCACGUGGUCAGUCAACGGAGAGCCAUCGACGAGGGUUCAAGUAGAAACUUGAUGUUGUCGAUGGACGACCCUGUGCGGUCGUUUGAGGCACCAAUACCGAGCCCUCUGUUUAGCAACGUGCCAUCUGGUGGUGGCAGCCGCCGUCACUUGGUCAUGAUGCAUAUGGAAGAAAUCGACGAGAAUAAGGAAGAGGACGAGAUUUCGCACAACCUUUCAAUGAGUGCACGCCGUCUCAGCUUGUCGCAACCAGGUGCCGCAGACAGCGAAUCGGCAGGGGACGAAAACGACACCUCAAGUCAACUGUGGCAAAACCUUUCUGUCCCAGAGCCCGUUUUCGACACUUUGCAGCAAGUCAUACCUCUAUCGCAACGUAUUCAUUGCCAAAGAGGUUAUGAAGUUGCAGCAGGCGUUACUAUCAUUCUCGCGAUUUCUUUGUUGGUUGGGGUGCUCUCGAUUCGUGGUGGCGAUCACAUUCAGACAGCUCUGGCUUCAACACUGAUGAUUGCGGUGCCUACUUUCCUCUUCACCCACAAGAUCUACGGAUACAAUGAGUUAUGGCUUGCCCACAAGUUCGAGCUGGACGAUAAGCGAGUGUCGCCCCUAUCCUUCCAGAUGGCGACCUCGCUGUUUACGUUCCCCGGACCUUUGUUUUCAACACUACUAGCCACGAUAAGUGCCUAUGCCAUCCUUGGAUGGUCCUUCAACACCAUGCUGAAUCAGUACCUCUUUGUGGGGGUGUACCUGAUGCUUGCACUGCAGUUUGGGAGAGUCCUCUGUGUGCUUUUUCACGGGAACUUUGGCCUUGUCAUGAAGGUGUAUACAACCACACUUCUCGUCAACGCCGUCUUCAGCAGCCUGCUGGUUCCCAGCACCAAGUUUCCCGAAGGUCUCAACUUCCUCUUCUACCUCAGCAUGACCUUCUGGGCUUUCUCUGGUGCAGUCUUGAAUAUAUUCCACGACGAAUCCUACAACGUCGACAGAUCUUGCACAGAUUUUGUCUCUUGUAUCUUAUCUGAUGGCAACGUAGCUGGACGAGUGGCUGGCUUCUCACCCCUGUCAAACAGUUAUCGUGCAUUGUGCGUGCUGACUUUUGCAUUUGCCUGUAUGGUGGCGUUGGAAAGCGCCUUGCUGUAUAUCCGAUGCAGAGGCUUCCCUUACUCCAAAUACGGGGCGGGAUAUCCGAAGACGUCUAGGCAUCAUGGCGUCGACGUGUCAAACUCGGAGACCCAGCACGAUUUCAGAGGUCCAGCAGCAAACGGAGACGCAACUGCCACCAAAGAUGCAUCUUCAUCCAAGAUGGAAGGUACCCCCAAGCUGAGCGACGAAGAAAGCCAAUCCUUCAGCAACUCGCAGGAACAAACUGUGUAG